AUGUCCACCUGGGUCUACCCUCCCGUACCCCAUGGUGAGCUCCAAAAAGCAGAGGAAGAGUGCUUGAGGCUCGAGCUUCGGUGGCUUCUAGAAUCCCUGCAGCACUCUCUGGUGGCUCUGAAGGAGGGUCUUGAGGAGUGUGACGCCUUGCUGGCACCAAAAGAACCGGGAUCGACCUUGGUUCUGUCCUCGUUGCGGUCCGAAAGCGUCAAAGGCUUCGUGACCAGAGUCGGCACGAGACUUGUGAAAGGAGACAUUCACCUGCGUCUGACUACUCUGCCUCCCAACACGCCCAGAGGCACUACAACAUCCACCCCGUCAACCCGCCACAUCUUUCACUCUUCCUCGUCGUCCUCGGACAUUCCACUGCUACAAUUGUCCGCCAUCAAAUCUUUGAUCAAUGACUCGCUGGACAUUAUCGAUGUUUCUCGAUGGACCGGCCAGUCCACCGAUUCGUCCUUCAUUGCCGGCCAGCUCAAGUUGCUGCACGACAAUCUUCGCGAGGCAAAGGCCUGUCUGAAAGGACCCGUCACCGGCGCAGAUCUAGAUUCAAUUCCAGGUGCACAAUGGUGGUUCAAUAGUCCCGAUGAAAACAUCUUUCAACCUCCCCUGGGAGAUUAUCUAAGUCUCCAUUUCACCAUUCAAGAUGCCAACCUUGUCCUCACGGUCAGGACCCUGGCUCCCACCUCCCCCGGCGGAACCCCAAGCACCUCCUUGGACUCAGCGUUCUCGCUGUCGGGGUUCAGUCUACGUUCAAAGUUACUGGGAAUGGGUCCUAGACCCCCAAACCACGAUGAAAUGGGGGAAGUCUUUGAAUGGCGUGGGAGGCAAGAGGUCAUUGUGCGUGAAAAGAUCCGCGUCGAGACUAGCGACCCUAGUUUGUUAAGCGUGGCCGCCAAAUUGAAUGCUCUUGAGCACGAAGUUGCUCGAUGGCGCCUGAACAUGAGAGUCAUCUUGACCGGGAGUGUCGAAGAGGAUUGA